AUGAACAGGAAGAGAGUCCGAAUCAACUACGCACAGUUCGAUGUCUCUGAUGAUGAUGAUGAUGAUGAUGAUGAAGAGGCAGCUCCCGUCGUGGCCAAACCGGCAGCUCGUGCGUUCAAGUUGAGGGGUAAGAAAGGAGGCCUCAAAGACAUGCCUAAUAUGCCCAUCGACAUAGUCUUCGAAAUAUGCAUUCUCCUACAGCCCCAGGAUCUAUUAAACCUAACGAGGACUAGUAAAGACUUCCGCGCCGUGCUGUUGAAGCGUUCUACAGCUUUUAUCUGGAAGACCACCAGGAAGCAGAUUGACGGCCUUCCGGACUGCCCCCCAUUCAUGAGCGAACCGGCGUAUGCCAAUCUUUGUUUUUCGACCCAUUGCCAUAGCUGUCUUAAGAUUGGCGUCUCAGGUAUCUUGUGGGAAUUCGGGGCGCGCUAUUGCAGUAAAUGCAAGAAUGAGUGCACGACCGAUCACCUGCCCGACAGCAUACAUGGGAGGGCAUAUAGAACACUGCUCAAUUAUAUUCCCAGAUAUCGUCGCGCGCCGUUGUUUCAUAGGCCGCAAGUCACCGAAUUGGCCGCUGCUCUCGAAAAUCUGGAAGAGGAUAGCGCUCAAGAGAAGACAUUCCUCUCGAAUCAGAGCGCCCGUGUUAAGGAGAUCCAAGAUCAUGCUUCGUUGUGCAACAAAUAUACCGAGGAGCAAGCGAAAUCUCGGGCAGAAGUGCGGGACGAUGUUCGAACAACCCGCCUCAAAGCUAUCAUCGCCAAACUCCGAGAGCUUGGGUACGGAGAAGAUCUGGAGGCAAUCAGGGGAAUCAGCUAUCGUCCACUGACUGAGAACUCGCAUGUCCGUGUACCCGCCAAACUCACGGAGAGAGCAUGGCAGAUCAUGAAGGGUGAUGUAAUUGCCAUCAUGGACACAGUCAAGAACGAACGGCUCCGUCAGCAGCGCAGGAAGUCCACGCGUCUCCGGCUCGAAUGCAUUCAGAAGAUGGCCAAUAAACAUACGAUGACUUUCCCCAGGUCCGCGAAGUCUCAGUGUGUCCCUCGUUUCGUGGACUUUGCGAACAUGCCCGAGUUUCAAGAAAUUGUGAAAGCUCCGGGUGAAGACAAGAUUGCAUUGAACAAGUUCCAGGCACUCGAGCCGGAGAUGUCUACGAUCAUCAGACGCUGGCAGGACGAGGCGAAGGCGAAAUUGUUGGACCUGAUGAAAGAAGACCUCAAAGCUGAGGACGUCCCCGAGGACGUGGACCCGCUCCUGUUGGCAAUCGUUCUCUUCAAAUGCAGUGGAUGCAACAAUGUCUUGGAAUACCCAACGGUUGUCGGGCAUGACUGUCUGCAUCACUGCCCCUCCUACUACGCGCAGGCCGCAAAUGAAUAUGACCGAGCGGUACAAGAAGUUGUGCGCUCUGAACGCUGGGAUCUGAGGAAACUCUCCUGCGGCGCAUUGCCCAAGAGAGUGCGAUUGCUUGUGGAAGCGUGCGGCAAGGAUCCCCUGCGGACGACGAAGCAAGACAUGGACGGCCUAGACGAGAGGUUCUGGUGCGAGGCCUUCAGCAGAGACGGGACUCGGCAUAUCAUGAGCUGGCGUACAGCGGUUAGUUGGGUCCCAGAGAUCACGAAGGCUGACACAGAGGAAAUCUGGCAAGUUGCUGGCCCCGCUGAGAGGGAUAAGGUAGACGAACUGGAAUUCAACCGCCGGCAUGCAGUGCUCGACAAGUAUCACGAGCGUAGCCAUUGGAGCUGUUGUUUGUGCGCAGGCUACAACGCGUCCAAGCGCAAUAUUACAGACAUCAAAGCCCAUUUGCUGAAAGAACAUUCCAUUGCGGAUCCCAAUAUCGCGCACGGGGAUCUAUAUAUCGAUGCAAGUAGUGAGGCACGCUCGCCCGUCCCGGAGUCCGUCUGCUUGUUGUCAUGCACCCUAGCACUCGAGACUCUGACGCGACAGGAGAAACAAUUGCUGGAGUUGGGUCGAGCGGCGUACUGCAAGUUCAACGUUCAGACUAUUGAACACCACUCGAAUUAG